AAGUCGGUUGUCUCAUUACAUCUCUGAAAGGAUGCUUAACAUAAUCAAAAGUAGCAAACAGAUUCUAGACCCUGAUAUCGAUAUGUACUAUAGAAAUUCGUACGCAUGCGUAAAAUAACGGAAAUUUGGCAGGUCGUGCUUACCUAUUGUAAUUCUGAGUCCGAAUCUGUCACGUCUCAGAGAUGUUUGAUACAUAUUUCGGAGCCAGCAAUGAUACACAAUAAUAAAGAACAGGCUGCAUUAUCAGACAAACGCUUGAGACUGCAGUCCUUCGCUCUCAGUCGGCGUCUGUCGGCCUCGGUGGUGGAGCGGGUGUCCGGAAGCCUGAGGAGCUCCGGUACCAUCACAGAGAUGGAGAGGCAGGUGAUUGUGUCGCAGCCAACAGUCAUACAGAAAUCCAUGAAGCUGAUGCAGAUAGUCAUCAGCAAGGGAUGCAACGCCUGUGAGCUCUUCUACAGCUGUCUGGAUGUGUGUGACUCCCCCAUCUUCGAAGGCCCAGAUCCAGCUCAUCUCUCGUUGGAAAACUCUCCAGUGCCAGAGAGAGAUGACCCUACCCCCACCUACAUCAUCAACAUCCAGAACUCCACCCUGAGCCACUGCAUCAUCGGGAGCGGGAACCACCAGGAUGUGUUGGUAGAACAGCAGCCCCUGCUGGGGCCCAAGCUGCCCGUUCCUGGGCAGCUUGCCCCUGGGUGCAAUUGCAGCUGUGGCCACCAGAUGGGGCUGCAGACUACACCACCAGAGUCACAGGGAGUCGAGGUGCAGAGCUGUAGCGUGCAGUAUGUCAUCAUUGGAGACAACAACACCAUGGAGGUCAACCACACUCAGUCAACAGUCGAGGAGGACUCGGACAUACUGGAGGACUGAUUACUGUGUGGUUCACUAACUGAGGAAACAUCAUUCAAAGCUCCGGAGAAAAUUUUCAUUGCUGCGCAGAUGACACUCAAUUAUACAUGUCGCUGAAACCUGGACAACUACCACACACUCUUGAAACAUGUGUCUCUGUGAUAAGAACAUGGAUGACAGCCGAUUUCCUACUUCUAAACUCGGAUGAAAAAGGUGCUAAUUGUAGGACCUAAAAGACGGACUAGAACCAGAAAAUACAACCAUAUAACAUCUACUCUCGCUUCUCUGCACGGGCUCCCAAUCCAAGCCAGAGCUGAUUUCAUAGUCCUACUACUAACCUACAAAUCAAUCCAUGGACUUACCUAUCGGGUACCCUCGCACCCUAUCAACCAAUGAGGACACUACGAUCCCAAAACGUUGGUUAUCUGGUGGUUCCCAAAAUCAACAAAAAAACAACAUUUAAAGCUAUAUUUAAAACCUUUUUGUUUUUUUAGUUUAGUUUAUUCAGAUGCUAAAGUGUGUUUUGUAUGUCUGUAUUUGCAUUAUACAAAUGAGUUACCAAUAAAGACUGAAG